AAGAGAUAAGUACGGUCCUCCUACCCGUACAGAAUACAGAUUGAUUGUGGAAAAUUUGUCAAGCCGCUGCAGUUGGCAAGACCUUAAGCCAAAGUCCACAGCAGCUGAAAGAUGGCCCUGUCUGACAGCUUGCUUGAAGCAGGGCAGAAUGGCCCUCCUUGAUAAACAGAGGUGUUCAGUAAUUGAAACAGAGAAGCCAGGAAGCAUGAAGUGGGAAAAUGAAUUGAGCUUUUACUCGUGUGGCGGCUUCUUCCAGUAGAAUGAGAUGUGUUACCUAGGUAGAGGACAAAGGGAAGUCUGCUUGCCUGUAGUCUUCUUGCCUCUUCUUAUUCAACCUUUAAGUUUAUCACCUUUCCCAAGUUAGCUUUGAAAACAUGAUUUAGAGAGCAAGCAUUUUACUUCUUUAAUCGCUUUUGUAAUUUGAAACUUAUCAUAGUCCAGAGCAUAUUUGAUACUAGACUCGAGAUGAGAGACCUUAAAUUAUUGUUUGGCUCAAAACUAUCAACACCACUUUGGUUCUAAUCACACAAACUCUGUGAAAUCGUAGUGUGUUAUUUGGCUUGCUCAGCAACCUUGGCGUUAACCAAACAGCAUUUGCAGUGCUAAAACCCUUGCUGACAUCUGUGUGAAUAGAAGAGGCUAAGUGAGAAUCAUUGCAAAAAUGAACAGGGUCAGCCUGGAAGCCUGACUGUGGAUUCGAGGCAAUGGUUAUUCUGUCCUCUUCCUCUAGGAUUAUAUGCGUCAGGCAGGGGAAGUGACAUAUGCAGAUGCACACAAAGGAAGGAAAAAUGAAGGUGUGAUUGAGUUCAAAUCCUAUUCUGACAUGAAAAGAGCCCUUGAAAAGCUGGACGGGACAGAAGUAAAUGGCAGAAAGAUUAGAUUAGUGGAAGACAGACCUGGAUCGAGACGGCGCCGCUCUUACUCCAGAAGCCGAAGCCAUUCGAGGUCUCGCUCUCGAAGCAGACAUUCUCAUAAGAGCAGGAGCCGCAGUGCCAGUAGUAGUCGCUCCAAGAGUAGAUCAAGAUCCAGGUCUGUGUCCCGUUCCAGAAGCAAGAGCCGUAGUCGAAGCAAGAGCCGUAGCAGAGGCCAAAAAGAGAAAAGCAGGACUCCAAGUAAAGAGGAUAAAAGUAGGAGCCGCAGCAGGAGUGCAGAGAAAUCCCGAAACAAAAGUAAAGAUAAACCUGAGGGCACUCUCCAUAACAGUGAUGAGAAAGCAAAGAGCAGGAGCCACAGCAAGGAAAAGAGUAGGAGCAGGAGUGGGAGUAAGGACAGGGGAGAGAUGAGGGAGAGCAUGAGGAGUAGGAGCAAGGAGAAGAGUAGAAGCAAAGACAGGGAGAAGAGCAUUAGCAAGGCUAGAAGCAGGAGCAAGAGCAGGGAUGAGAGUAGGAGCAGGAGCCACAGUAAGGAUAAAAGGAAAAGUAGGAAGAGAAGCAGGGAUGACAGCAGAAGUAGAAGCAGGAGCCGCAGCAAGAGUGAGAAAAGCAAGAGACGCAGCAAGCGAGACAGCAAACCAAGUAGCAAGAAGAAAAGGAAGGACAGCCACGAGCGGUCCAGGUCAGUCUCCAAAGAAAAGGAGCAUCUAAAAGCAGAUUCUGACAAAAAGGAGGCAAAAGGUGAGGGUGAGGAUGCAGUUGGACAUCGGGUGUCUCGCUCCAGGUCUAGGUCGAUUUCCAGGUCAAAACCAAAUGUCAAGUCAGAUUCUCGUUCCAGGUCUAAAUCUGUUUCAAAGCCUAGGUCCCGGUCCAAGUCUAGAUCUAGGUCUCCCUCUAGGUCACACUCCCGAUCGCGGUCAAGGUCUCGCUCCAGAUCCUAACCUUGCUGCAGCCACACUUGGAAUGGUUGGAAAAGUCUUUUGUACAUGUUUAGUAGUUGUAGCGCAAGUGAUUGAAGUAGAAAACAUGUCGAUGCUGUAUAUUUUUAACAACCCUGAUGGUAUGUCUGUCAUUAUUAACUGUAGUGCUCCUUCCCUGCAAUGCUUUCUGAUGCAAGGCUGUUCAGCUCAUUUUCUAUCCUAUAGAAAUGUUCUCUUUAAAUAUAACUCUUCCUAGAGCACCAAAAUUGCCCUGUUUUCCAGGAAGAGCCUUGCAGAGAAUGAGCACUGCACCUUGGUGGGUUUAUGAGAUUGCAGUGAUGACUGAUAGGUAGGUAUGAUGGCUUCAACAGUCUUUGCCCUUGAAUUGAUGCCCUUUGAUGUAUGCCAUUUAGUGGAAGUGCUAAGUCUUAGGUUUCAUACUACUUCUGUUUCAUAUUUUUUGGACUUACAAAGUUGUGAAUAGCACAGUCAAAAGGAAAAAGAAAAUAUAGGUACUUGCAGUAAUCCAUAGGGAAAAGAAGUAUAGUUCCAUAUUCUGGUAUUGUGACAAUAUCCUUGUUUUAUAUUAAAUUUUUUUAUUUUAUUUUUCCCUGUCUUGCAAAGUACAGUGAUUCCUGUUUCCAUGAAAUUUGAAUAAAGACUAUUUUUGCUUGAUGACA